GAAGGAGAGGAGGAUAGGGGAGGAGAUAAGGUGGGAGGUGGGCUGUUGGGCCGUUGGGCCGCUUUGAUGGGCUUAUUUUUUGACUCUAAGGCUUAGUUGUCCUCUGUUUUUUUUCUUUUAGAGGUAUAUAUGAUGUAUAUAAAAAUGUAUAUGUACAUAUAUGGUACCGCCUAGCAAGCCGCCUUGAAACGCCUAUGCUCGAUUAAUCCCGACUAGGCUCUAGGCUGCAGGUCACCGCCUAGAAUCCGCCUAGCGCCUAGUGGAACCAUGGUGUGUUUGUCAACUCUAUGGACUAUCGGGAUUCGGGACAUGAGAAUCAUUGGGAAAUUGCCAAAGCUUUACUACCUCCAUCUGUACACAGAGUCGACAUUUGUUGUAUAUGGUGGUGAUGGCUACUUCCAGAAGCUGAAGUAUUGCAAGUUGGACACGGGUGUUACUGCCAUGUUUAGAGAAGAUAAGUCUGGAGUACCAGUCAUGCCAAGCCUCGAAGUCCUUGACUUCAGUAUCUCUAUUCGGCAGUCGAUGGAUUUCUGUUUUCAUCUUGGUCAGGGGAUAUCAUUCAUACCAGUGGUGAUUGGGUUGCACUUCAUCCCUUCACUGCUAAAGGUGAAAGUUAGAAUCUCAUGUCAGGAUGCUUUGCGUGGAGAGGUGGAUGACACAGAGGAAGUUCUGUGGGACACAACCGACAAGCAUCCUAAUUGGCCCUACCUUGAAGUGGAAAAGUUCCAUGAAGAUAAAAUGAUAUCAUCUGUUGAAGAUCAAUCCUGGGCUUUGAUGGACUUCCGUGACGUAAUUGAAUACCGUGUCCAUGUACGGGAAUUAAAUGAUGUUGGAUAUGCUUUGGACUUUACAAGUUUGGGAAAUUUCCCUAUACUUGAGAAAGUCAUUGCUUCUAUCAACUGCGAGGAUGCUACACCUAAUGAAGUGGAGAGAGUGGAGGCUGCGAUGCGGGAGGCAGUCGAAGUUCAUUCGAACAAUCCGGUUCUUCAAUUGGAAAGGCAUGGUGUAGAAAGAAUGAAAGUAUCAAAUCAGAAAGGUCAAAAGCUGGUUGAUCAGCAAUUCGUGAUGCUGCCAAAAAAAUGAGGAUGAUCUUGCCACCACCGACACCACCAACAUCAGUCAUUAUUGCAAAUGAAGAAAAAGGAAAAACGGUGCAGAAUUCCAUGGCUUGGUAUUACACUUGGAUCUGUUCCACAUGUGAUUCAAGGCUGUUCGUGCAUGCAGUGUGAGGUACAGCAGUUUUUGCCCAUUGCAAGGCAUAUAAGAUGGUGUGGAAAUUAUAGUUAUCUUCUACCACAACUGCAGGGAGAAAAUACUGAGAGUUUCUAUGUUGCUUCGUUUGAGUACAAAGCCGCUCUCUGAAACACUGCUGUGAUGGCUAGUGCAACUGUUACACAGCGAAGAGUGGAGAUUCUCUUUCUGGGCACUGUUUCACUCUGCUCCUGCUGUCAAGCAAAACCAUGUGCAGGAUUGACAUGGCAUGGUGCGGGGUGGUGGCAAUGCUCUGCUGCCUUCCAGUAGUCCAUAGAAUAGUCAAAUGUUUGAAAUUUCUGAUAUCAAUCUACAAAUAUUUUGUUAAAUGCUACACAGCACUAUUGCCUAAUAAUUUGUUUUUUUGAAGACUAGUUAUUUCCUAAAAGUGAAUUUGACAA